CCGCAGCGUCAGGACGUCACGAGCUCAGAGGCGCGAGGACUUUAAGACCUGAGCCGGUUUGGACUCGGUCUGGACUCGGUUUGGACUCGGUUUGGACUCGGUUUGGACUCGGUUUGGACUCGGUCUGGUUUGAGUUCGCUGCUCUGCGCUCGGAGCGGGAGCUGGCACAUCUGGAUGCGCACGCCCGAGUGAGAGCGGUCCAUGGAGCAGGCUUUGGGAGGGUCCCGCCGCGGCUGACACAGGCCCUCGCGCCCCCCGCUCCCUCACGCCUCGCGCUCCCGUCCUCGCGCCCCUGUCCUCGCGCCGGAGGAGGAUGGCCGCGCUGUGGACGCUGCUGCUCGCGCUCUGGACCUGCUCGUGCGCCCUGGGACGUGCCAAGAGCGCGUUCCCGAUGCGCACAGCCUACAGCCUGUACUCCAACGGGCACACGCACGGGACACGCGCCGCCAGCAGACACAGAAACUGGUGUGCGUUCGUGGUUCCUCGCACCGUGAGCUGUGUGGUGGAGGACGGAGUGGAGACGUACGUGAAGCCCGACUACCAGCCCUGCUCCUGGGGCUCGGGACAGUGCAGCCGCGUGGUCUCAUAUCGGACGUACAUGCGCCCGAGGUACAAAGUGGCGUACAAGAUGGUGACUGAGAUGGAGUGGAAAUGCUGCCAGGGCUACAGCGGCGAAGACUGCAACACGCCCCCCGCUGGUGGGACUGGGGUAGUGCCCGGACACAACGGAAACCACAACUACGGGCAGGGAGGAAGUAACACGAACUACGGACAAGGAGGAACGAACACGAACUAUGGACAAGGAGGAAGCAACACGAACUACGGGCAAACGGGGACCGAUUUUGGAGCCGGACACGGGACAAAUUACGGGGGAGGAAACGGGAACGGAUAUGGAGGGUCCGGGACCAACACAAACUAUGGGCAAGGGGGAAGCACGGGGGGAGGAGGGAGGGUCAGUGGGGGAGGGGGGACGAGCUUCGGUGGAUCUGGUACGGGACAGAGCGGAGGGAGCACGGGUCGUGGGGACAGUGAGCGGGUCCGAAGACUCGAGGACCAGAUCCAGAAAAUGACCAAGACCCUCCAGGACCUCCAGACCAACAUGAACCGACCAGCAGGGGGCAGCACCGGGGGAGGGGCUACCACUGGGGGGACCUGGGGGGGAGGAGGGGGCACAGGGGGGAGGAACCCGGCCGACGCCGCUCAGCCCGAAAUCACAGAAACCAUCAACAGUAUUCAGACCAAACUGGACCAGCUGGACAACCGCACUCAGGCUCAUGAUAAAACCCUGGUGAGCAUCAACAACCACCUGGUGAACGGGAAAGGGAACGACGUGGACGGGGGGACGUCAGGGGGGGUGACAGGGUCGGUCCUGACGUCGCUGAAGGAGGAGGUCCUGAGGGAGCUGGAGAGGAGGGUGUCCCUGUCCUGCUCCGCCUGCCAGGCCGGAGUGGAGGACCUUCGACGUCAGCAGCUGGAGGAUCGCGAGAGGAUCAGAGCGUUGGAGAAACAGCUCAACGCGCUGGACUCCCGUCACCGACAAAACCAGGACGCGCUGAGACGAGACCUAACCCGGGCCCAGACCUGCUGCUCCAACCUCCAAGACCUGCAGAACCGAAUCACCAACGCCGAACGCAAGAUCACGUCUGCGUCCGAAAACCUGGACAACCUACAAAACCAGUUACACGGUGAAAACGGCGGACUGGGAGGAGCGGGAGGCGGGAACAACUUCGGAAUUACCGAAGGAGGAGACAACCAACAAGUGAACGUGCAACUUAGGAAUUUCGAAAGACACUUCAACAAUACGCUCCGCAAAACUGAAGAAAAAUGCUCAAAUGUGGAGUCCAAAGUUAAGGAGUAUUGUAACAAUGAAAUUCGGGAUCUACAGGCGGUGUUUUUGGAUAGAUUUGACGACCAGGCGUACAGGAUCGCGGACGUGGAGCUGGACGUGAGCAACGUGAAGCAAAAAUUGGACGAUCUCACCAAAAGAGUGUCCAGUUUGGAGAGUAACGCGACGGCGAUUGGGAACAGGGUGGAGAAGUGUUGCGGCGGAGGUGGAGGAGGAGGAGGCGUGGGAGGGUCAGGUGGAGCCGGGGCGUCGGGCGGAGGGAGAGGCGGGCAGGAAGGCGGGAGAGGUGAAGGAGAAGGCGGAGGAAGAGCGGGAGGGACCCAGAAGUCUUUGGAGUGGAGGGUGGUGGCGAACGAAGACCAGAUCCGGCACUUUAACACCAAACUCAAGGACCUGUCCGUGUCCGGAGAGUCUCUGCACGACAAGGUGGUGGACUUGAGUCAGGACGUGCGUAAAAUCAAAGACCUCACCGGAGACCACGGGGAGCACUUCAACCGCAUCGUGACGGAGGUGGAGACUCUGGGCCACGGCUGUGAUCUGUGCGCUCGAAUGGAAAACGAACUCAAGAAGAUCCAGAACUCCUCCAACCACACGCUCACACAGAUACAGGACCAGAUCAGGACCAUCCAGACCAGACUGGACUCAGACCGGGGAUCCAACCAGGUCUCAACUGGCAGCGAUCGUGGGGACCAGUGCUGCUCCAGGCUCCAGGAUCAGGUGCAGCUCCUCAGGCAGGACGUGCAGAGGUGCAGCGGGUGUAAAACCUCAGCAGACACUCCCACAGGUGGAGAGAGCCCCGGUCUGGGCGGCUCCUCUCCCCCCUCGGUGAAGCUUCUGGACGGACACAGUGUGAUCGGUCCUCUGAGCUCAGAGCAGCUGAAGGCUCUGCAGGGUCAACUCUCAGAGGUCAUCCUCUCCUUCAGCUCCAUCAACGACUCCCUCAGAGGCUUCGAACACACCGUGAACAAGCACAGCAGCGUCAUCACAGACCUGGGCCUGAACCGUCACGUGUCCAGCCUGUGGUCGUGUGUCGGGGGUCUGAACGACACCGUGGUGCUUCACGGAGGUUUGAUCGAUCUGAUUCAGAACAGUGAAGAAGAAGUCCACCGCAGAAUCAAGAGCCUCAACUCCACUCUGAGCAACGCAAUCAAAGACCUGCAGGGGGCGGGAGCGGGGGAGCAGGCCCGAGGACCUCCAGGACCUCAGGGGGAGCGAGGGUACCCAGGGGCGAGGGGUCCUCCUGGGCUCCCGGGACGACAGGGAGACGUCGGACUUCGAGGACCUCCAGGUCCCAAAGGUGAUGCAGGUCUUCCUGGUAUCGACGCUCUGGUCCAUAAACUGUCCUUCUCGGCGGCUCUCACGGUCCCUGUGGAGAAACCAGGGACCGUGGUGUUUGACAAGAUCUUGGUGAACGAGGGAGACUUCUACGACCCCAAAACAGGUAUCUUCACUGCUCCUGUCGACGGCCGUUACUUCUUCAGCGCCAUUUUGACCGGAUACAAAAACGAGAAGAUCGAGGCGGUCCUGUCCAAGUCCAACUACGGCAUGGCGCGCGCGGACUCCGGCGGGUACCAGCCCGAGGCUCUGGAGAACAAACCCAAGGCCGAGGCCAAGACCAUCGCCGGGUCUUUGGUCGUGUUCAACCUGAUCCUCCCGCUCCAGGCCCAAGACACCGUGUGCAUCGACCUGGUGAUGGGGAAACUGGCUCCUCAUUCUGUGGAGCCCCUCACUGUGUUCAACGGGAUGCUCCUGUAUGAAGAUAUGUGAGACCAGAAUGUACACAAAACAGGAGUUUAGAAGAAGAGUUUAUUUGCUGUUUUGGCCACGAUUACCUGUAUUUGACUGUUGAUACUUUGCAGCUGGUGUCAUCCACAUUCUUUGUGGGAUCUAUAAAGCCGGGCGCACACUGUGGGAGACAGAAUUUUCAUUCCCGCUCCCACCCGCAUCUGCAAUAUUCUGUCCUGCUCCUGUCCGUAAAUCCCGCAGGAUGUGGACGUUCGCUUUCUUAAGUUCUAUCAUACACGGAGAAGCGGAAAGAAACUGUCUAAAAUGUGCGUGAAAUUAGACCACAUCCACAAAUUUAAGCUACCUAAAAUGUUUUUUUUAAUGCCAAAUAAAAUAUCCAGCACAAAUGAUGUAUGACAGGCAUACAUUAAUCAUUUGUAUAUUUUACUUUACACUCAUAUUUAGUUUGCGGGACUUCAGUUUAUCAUCCCACACCCGCCCGAGCCCAAAAUAUGUCCCGUGCCGCACUGUUCUGUG